AUGCCCACCUGUAUAAUGGAGAACCCGGACUCCAAAAUCCCCCCUCCCCCCUCAGCCCUCCAGACAGCCCCCUCCCUCCAACCCCGCCACGCAACCCUCAAAGACGGCAGCCCUGUGACUCUGUAUCCGAUUGCAAACGGGGCAGCAAGCAUCCCGCGCGGGCUGGUGGAGCUGCUUGACCGCGAGUUCCGCGCGGAGGUCGAGCACGGCUGCACGUAUCCCAUGGAGGAGGCGAUGAGCACGGACAAGUUCGCCGAGUACUGGUUCGGGACGUUUGCGGUUGUGGCGCUGGUGGGGGCUGAGGAGAGCAUUCGCGAGGAAAGGGAUUGGGAGGCGGAGUGUCUGGGGACAUUUUAUAUCAAGCCGAAUUACCCUGGCCGGUGCUCGCAUGUGUGUAACGCGGGAUUCCUGACUAUGACUGCUGCGAGGAAUCGGGGCGUUGGGAUUGUCAUGGGAGAGGCGUAUCUGGAGUUUGCUCCGAAGCUGGGGUACAAAUAUUCCGUGUUCAAUCUGGUGUUUGAGAAUAAUGUCGCCUCGGUCAAGAUCUGGCAGAGACUCGGGUUCGAGGUCAUUGGAAGAGUACCCGGUGCUGCACGGUUAGCGAACAGCGAGGAGUUGGUCGAUGCAUUGAUCUUCGGGAGAAAAUUGGGCGAGUAG